AUGGCAGCAGCGAGUGGACGAGGACCAGGGAACGGCGAGGGGGGCAGUGGCAGCCGUGAAGACCUGAAGUCGCAGCUGGAGCAGAUACAGCGGCAGUUUGACGAGAGCGAGUCCGAGGAGGGCAAGCAGGCCAAGAAGAAGCACUUCCCGUUUUCCGGGAUGCUCAGCCGGCGCGACGCGCGGAACGCGCUCCCGGUGUUUGCGGGCAGCAACACGCACAGCGCGGUGCUGAAGGCGAACUCGGGCAAGGACAUGAACUUUGUGGUUGACUUGAGCGAGAACCUACUGCUGGAAUGCCGAAGGUUGCAGGCUGAGAACGAGAAGAAGUCCACGAAGCUUCGCACGCUACAGCAGGACUACGAGGCGCUCCAGACGAGCUUCAACCAACUCACACAGCGGUUCCAGAACGCGUCGAAGGAGAGCGAGUCGCUCAAGGACGACAACUGGGAGCUCGAGAUGAAGUUGCAGACGCUCUCGCAGGAGUUCAAGGACUUGACGGAGUCCUUCAACAAGAAUCGCAAGGAAUUACAGCGGCAAGUGAACUUGUCGACAGAGAUCAAGACCGAGUUGGAGGAGGUCUCGCUACGGGAGCUAGGGCUCCAGGGCGAGCUGGGUUCGAAACAACAGCGGUAUUUAUCCGAGAUUGCGGAGCUCAAAGACCACGUAAAGGAGCUCAACGACGAGAAUGACCAGCUCAACUCUAAGGUUGAAGUCCUCACGUCCCAGGUAGAGAAGCUCACCCAGGAAGUGGAGAAGAGCAAAGAUAUAAUCAAGAGGCAGUCGGUCCUUACCAUGGGCACUGCCGACUCCUUUGGCGGUGAGCUAGACGACAGUGUGCGACAGGCCAUGGUGCCCUCAUCGCCAUCCCGGCAUCCCAUGACCUCUGCGGAGCAGGGCUUGGAAUAUCAAACGUUAAAGGCCAGUUUGACACACGCGACCCAGACUAUAGCGAAGUUGCGACAGCAGAUUAUCCGUAUGAAGGCUGACAAGACCUUUGAUAGAUCUGGUGAUUCUCCGCGGACCAACAGACCUGCGUUGCGGACGCCGAAGGCUAAGCGAAAGGCGUUUACCUUUGCAGACCCGCCCAGUGGUUCUCUAACACCGACAUUCAAGAACGCUUCCUAUACAAUACAUGAGGGCUCCGUAUUUAUGAGCGAUAAGGACGACGACAGCGAUGACGACACUUUUGAUGUCAAUGAUGGCCUUGACCAGGCCACGACGCCUAGACUAGAAAGCGAGCUUCAUUUUGGUCCUGCGGAUAUGGACAUUGCCUCGAUAGGGUCAGAAACGAUGGAUAGAAAUCCAUUGGCAAAUGCAUUAUCCGCAGAUAGCUAUGGUGACUUCAAGCUGCCACUCGAUAGAGGAGACAUUGAAGAAUAUGCCAAGCAACACAACUUGGUGUUAGUCUCUGAUGAGGAAUACCAGCGGUUGCAGUUAGCCUCUCCAGGUUCUCUCGAAGAUCCACAGAAGAUUGCUCGGCUCCAGUCGAGCGGUUACAAGGUUAUUACUAUCUCCGAGUAUGAAGCAUUAUCAGAAAAGGCGAACCUGGUCUCAGCUCCGCCCUUGGAAUUUUUAGAAGAACAGGCGAAGAAUAUCGGGAAAGUAAUAAUUGAUCAGGAGGAGUACGCUUCACUCCAGGAUCCUUCAGUAACGGAUAUUAUUUCAAAAGCAGAAUCACAUGGAUUCGAUGUAUUAUCUAAAUCGGCGCAUCAACAGAUGCUAAAAAGUAUUGAGCAGCCAACUCUAGAAUAUUUGCAGUCCAAGCUCCAGCAGCAUUCAAUGAAAGCAAUAAAAUUAAACGAUUAUGCCCUCUUUGAAAAUCCUACAGAAGAUUACUUGUCUUCGAAAGCCAGGCUACUGGAAAAGAGCUUGGUUAACUCUUCUGAGCUUGCAGAAUUGAGGAAGAUCUCACAGGAGCCUUCCUUUGAUUAUCUUUCUCGUGCAGCCGCCAACAUUUCCUGUCAACUUUUGCCUGACGAUCAAUUUGAUGCUCUCAACAAGAAAGCAAAUUCGCCAACUUUGGAGCAUUUGAAAAGCGCAUCGGCUGCUUUGGAUCAUGUGCUAGUUGAUAAGGACGAAUAUGAACACCUGUUAAACCCCCCAUUAGAAAAACUCGCAGAUUUAGCCGCGACUUAUAAACAUGCUCUUUUAUCGCAGCAUGAGCAUGAAAGCUUGUUGCAUCCUUCUGCCGAGUUGUUAACGAAACGAUUGACCGAGCUCGAUCAAGUAAUGUUACCAAAGGAGAAAUACGAAAAUUUAUUAAGCCCUACGAAGCAUGAUAUUGAACAAUAUGCCGCUGCUUGUAACCAUAUAUUAGUGUCUGAUGAAGAUUUUAAGCAACUCACAUCGCCUUCAAUCUCUGUGGUAAUACAGAGGGCUUCAGAGCUAGCCCAUGCCGUCGUACCGAACGAAGAAUUGGAAGCCUUGAAGCAUCCUGACUUGGAGACGAUUAAGUCACAUUUAAGUGAAAUCGCUUACACAGCAUUACCGAUAGAAGAAUUGGGCAAUAUGAAAAAUCAGAUAUCUAAUCCAACCUUGGAUCAUAUAAGUGCAAAAGCAAAGCAGCACCAAAGCGUUCUACUACCAAUUGAUACAUACAACAAGUUAUUAGAGGAUUCAUCUGAUCCAUCCAUGGACAUGGUAAAGAAGCAUAUUGAGAAAAAGGACAAGAAAGAACUAUUAUCUUGGUUAGCACAACAGUUAGACAGUCAUAUCAUGAAGAACUCGGAACAUGCUGAACUACUAAAGAGAUUAGACUCUCCUACUCUCGAAUUUUUGGCAGAGAAAGCCAAGGCAUAUGAUUAUUUGUUGUUUGAAAAGAAAGAGCACGAUAUUCUUCUUUCUACCAUGGAAAAUCCAGCCAUCGACUACUUACAAACGAAAGCCAAGAACCAUAAUAUGAUUGUCAUUUCUGCUGAUUACUAUGAUGAGUUGAAGCAGAUAUACGAGAGCCCAGAUGAAGGCUUCCUCAAGAAACAUGCAUCUGAAAGAAACUUGGAAAUCCUUGAUUCGAACGUUCUUCUGGAUUUGAGAACAGUAGCCGAAUCACCUUCUCUCGAUCAUUUGAAGAAUAAAGCUGCAGCUGCUGGGUAUGCACUAAUUUCCGUUUCAGAAUUAGAAGCUUUGAACACAUUGGCCAACUCUCCACCUUUAUCACAUGUUAUUUCGAGUGCUUCCACUUAUAAGCAUGAAGUUAUAGAGGCAACCGCUCUCAAUGUUCUACGAGAAAAGGCAGAUGCUCCUUCUUUAGAUCAUCUUCAGAGUUGCGCUGCGGCUAUUGAUUAUAUGCUUGUAGCAAUGGCUGAGUAUAAUAAACUCGUUUCAACUCUAGAGGCGCCUCCGAUCGAAUUCCUUGAAGAAAAAGCGCGUGCCCAUCAGCAAUCUCUAAUACCUGAGAAUGAUCUAAUUGCGCUAACAAGCAAGCUUGAAGAACCUCCAUUGGAAUACAUAUCUCAGAAGGCUCGUGGUUUGAAGCAUGUACUACUUCCUUUGGAAGAGCACAAAUCCCUAUUGGAAAAUGCCAAUAACCCUAGUUUGGAACAUUUGAAGACGAAAGCCGAAGAUAACGGAUAUGUUGUUGUUCCUUAUGAUGAACAUAAACGUCUUGUUAUUCUUUCAGAGGAUCCAACCUUGGAACAUCUAUCAGAGAAAGCGAAAGCACGUGGCCAUGUGGUUGUAAAUGAAUCUCGCUAUGAGGACUUACAGUCUUUGGCGAAUUCACCAGAUCUCAAUCACUUGUGUGAUAAGGCGAAACUUCUGGGCUGCAUUGUCGUUAAUUCGUCCGAUCAGGAUGCUUUGUUGAAGUCAAUUGAACAACCGUCUCUUGGCUACUUGAAAGAAAAGGCAGAAGCGUAUGCACAUAAUUGUGUUCCAACUGAAAAAUACUUGGAACUUAAGAAGCUAGUUGAGGACCCUGAUUUAGCCUACUUGGAAAAGAAAGCGACUGAAAGGGAAGCAACCUUAAUCAAGCUAGAUGCCUAUAAAGCUUUGCUUGAGAAGGCUGAUAGUCCUUCUUUACAACAUCUAUCUGAUAAAGCUGAAUCUUUGGAUCAUUUAGUAGUGGCAAGAAACGAGUUUAAUGAUCUUCGCUCGUUGGCAGCACAACAUUCUGAUUUAUUAGCCAAACUUGAAGCUCCUUCUUUGGAAUACUUGAAAGAAAAGACCGUUGGUUAUGAGUUGGUACCUUUAGAUACUUACUCAGACCUCAAACAGACCUUUGAUGAUCCUUCUUUGGACUUCUUGAAGAACAAAUCAAAAGAAAAGGGAUUUGAUUUAGUUGCUAUAACCGAGUAUAAGGAGCUAUUAAGACGGGCCGUUGAUCCUACGUUAGAUGAAAUGGCCGAUGUACUGCGAAAGACUGGCCGUGUGAUUUUAUCUCAGGAUAUUGCAGAUAAGCUUCAAAAAACAGCGGAAUCUCCCUCAAAAUCAUUCUUGGCUGAAAAGGCAGCCACGAUGGGCCUCCUUCUUGUUGAAAAGGAAAAGUACGACGUCCUUUUGAAGAAAUCCUCUGAUAAAGAUACGAUUUUGUCUUCAAUCCAAGGCUUUGGUUUCAUCCCUAUUCCUAUACCCGAAUUAUCACUACUAAAAAAUUCUGCGGUUGAUAAAGCUUCGUUGGCAACCUUGAAAGGAAGGCUAUCUGAUUUAGGCUACGUACCUGUAGCUAAAGCAGAACUUGAGGAAUUGAAUCGCCCCGCCGUUGAACGUAUUGAUAAGUCUGACACAAUUAAACUAUGCGAACAGUACCAGUUGAAGCCUAUCUCGAUUGAAGAAUACAAAAAGUUGAAAGAGGACUCAAAGCCUGUGGUACAUUCCGAGGAUGAAUUGAUUCAAAUGGUGUCAUCUCAUGGUUACGUUGUUAUCCCUGAAAGCAGCUAUAACCAGUUGAAGGAAGCAGCUGAAUCACCCAACGUGGAUGCUAUUACCAAGCAUGCUGCAACGCAUAAAAUGGUAUUGGUUGACCAAGAUGAACAUAACCAGCUUCUGGAGACUCUGGCCCGACCAUCUAUUGAGCACUUGACAGAGAAGGCAGCUGAUCUUGGUUUUAAAGUCAUUAAGCUAAACGAAUAUGAAAGGAUUUUUUCGCUCAUCGAAUCUCCUUCGAAGGCUUUCAUUGAAGAACAUGCUACAGAGUUGGGUUAUGUCCUUCUUACGAAUGAUGAGAAAGAUGAGCUAACCCAGUUAGCAACGGCUCCUACUGUCGCACAGCUAACGAGUAGGGCAGGCUCUCAUAACAUGCGCCUAGUUGAUCAAGACAAAUAUGAAGAAUUGCUGCGCAAGUCUGAAUUCCCUACCUUGGAAGAAUUGACUGAGAAGGCGUCCAAUUUGAAAAUGAGCUUGGUUUUGAGCAAGGAAUAUGAAACCCUAUUGAAGAAAGUUUCUGAUCCAGAACUCCCUGUUAUCGAGACUUCAGCUGCCAAGUUAGGUUAUGUUCUAGUUUCUGCAGACGACUACAACUCUCUAAAGGAGCAGCUAAAAUCACCAUCUAUGGAAUACCUAGAUGAAAAAGCCAAGAAUCUUGAGUAUGUGCUUGUGCAAAAGGUCGAUUUUGAAACUUUGAAGUCAAAGAUCGAGGAACCUGACGAGCAAUUUAUUGCUGAAAAAGCCACUAUCUAUGGGAAGAUUCUAGUCUCAUCUGAGGUGCACCAGGAAAAUAAUAGAAAGCUAACGUCACCAGAUAUCUUGUUUAUUUCUGAAUUAGCUUCUAAGAUUCAUCAUGCCGUCCUUCCGAUCGCAGAAUUAGAUGGAUUAAAGAAGCAAAUUUCAGAACCUACACUGGAAUAUUUGGUUGAAAAGGCUGCAAUUAUUGACCAGGUAGUGGUGUCGAAGGCUUUUUACGAUACCUUGCAAAACAAAAUAAGCCACCCUACAGUUGAAGAGCUUACAUCUCUGGCCAAGAGACUUGACUAUUCCGUUCUCCCUUCUGUAGAACUUCAAAAACUGCGUGCUCAGAUUGAAAACCCGUCCACAGCUUACUUGGAUGAUAUUGCCGGUAAACAUGGUAAGAUUCUAAUUGGCAAGAAAGAAUACUUACAGUUAUUAGAGGUCUCAACAAAGCCAAGCAUAGAGUUUUUGUCCAAUCAUGCCGAAAUAUAUGAUUCCGUUGUUGUUACUUGUGAAGAGUUCGAUGCUUUAAAACAACUUGCUGAACACCCAGAUUUGGAGCACCUCCGCACGAAGGCAGAUUCAAAGGGGUUUGUUCUUAUUGAGAAGUCCUCCUACGAUAGUCUCCAAUAUCAAUUAAGUUCCCCAACUUUCGACUUCUUAUCUGCUGAAGCAGAAAAAAUCGAUCAUUCUAUUGUCCCGAAAAAAAGAUUAGAUGAACUAACCUCAAUCGAAGAAACCCCUUCCUUAUCGUUCUUAAUCGACAAUCUUCUAACUCAAAGUCAUGUUGCCGUAAAGAAGGAGACGUAUGAGACAUUACAAACCAAUUUUGAAAAACCGUCUCUAGAAUUUCUUUCUGAGAAAGCGCGGGACUGUCAUCAAAAAGUUCUUCUUGAUGAAGCAGAAUAUGAAGAUCUUAUUGCUCAAUUAGAGAAUCCUAGCGUGGACUACCUAAAAGAGAAGAUUAAAGAGAGCAAUCAUGUUGUUGUUGAUAUUGAAGAAUAUAACAGCUUGUUGAAAAGCGCGGCCGCUCCAACCUUAGACGAAAUUAAACAGAUGGCGCACGAUCUUUUGCACUCUGUUAUUCCAGAUCAAGAAUAUACAAGUAUGAAACAGGAGCUUGACAACCCAUCCAUCGAGUUUUUAAUGGAAAAGUCCGAAGCUAUAAAAUAUUCUCUUCUACCUUCUGAUCUCGUUGCAAGCAUGAAAAACUCCUUAGAAUAUCCAACAGAAGAAUACUUGCAAGAAAAAUCGCUCGGUUUCUCGAAGGUUUUGGUUGAUGAAAAGGAGUAUGCUAAGCACCUACAUGAAUUAUCAUCUCCUUCCAUUUCUUAUCUAGAAGGACAUGCAGUGAAGUAUGGAAAGGUCUUAGUACCAAAGGACAGAUGGGACGAAUUAGAACACUUGGCCGCCGAUCCGCCUGAAGAUUUCUUGUUGAAGCACGCACAGCUAACUGGCAAAACGUUGGUUAGUGUAGAAGAUUUGAAGAAGUUGCGUAAUUCUGCAGAACAUCCAUCGUGGCAGAAAGUCAAGUCUGUUGCGCAGGAAAAGGAGUUUACUUUAAUUUCUAACGAUCACUAUCAGGCGCUAGAGAGUACUGUAAAGGAGCCAACCAUUGAUUUUAUUAAAGAACACCUAGAUGAGUCAGAAUGGUGCUUGUUAACAAAGAAAGAUUAUGAUGAAUUGAAAACUCAGGUUGACACCCCUGCCUUAGACUAUCUUGAGGAACAAGCCGUGAAGAACGGCUAUGCACUUGUUCUCCAAGAAGAAUUCAAGAAACUUUCUGACCCUAGCUCUGAAUUUUUGCACUCCGCAGCAGCUUCGCGUGGUCUUGCGCUUCUAGAGGGAGAUAAAUACAAUAGGUUGGUUGAAUCAAGUAUCGAGAACUUGUCUGAAGCGAGACUAAUAGACUUAUGCACAAGAUUAAACUUAAAGCCUAUCCCUAUUGAUCAGUACGAAAGGUUAAUAUCUCCAGAUGCAGAAAAGGUCUCUGAAUAUGCUGCUGGUUAUGGAUUGGUCACCGUCAUCUCAGAAGAGUACCAUUUACUACAGGCCAAGGCCGAAAAUCCUGAUAAGCCAACUUUGAUCAAGUCCGCUGAAUUGCUAGGGUUAAAGGUGUUGACCAGUAGUGACUACUCAGAGUUAGUAUCUAAGGCUGACAAAGUUGAUCAUUUUACAAGGUCUGAUAUUGAAAGCAUGGCAGAAUCAUUGGGACUCGUUGCUAUUCCGCUUUCUAGAUACAAUGAACUCCUGGAGGAGCUAAGAGAGGUCACCGCUAUCAGUGGCGCUGGCCAUCGCUCAAAGGUAUUGGCAAGCAAAGAGUAUUUUGAGCACGUUAUCCGCCAGGAGAAUAUUUCUAACAGAGAUAAAGUUUUUGAAUCGGCUAAAUCUCUGGGCUUCGUCACUCUCUCUUCGCAAGAGUACAAGGACUUGGUCAAGAACCAGAAAGAUCAUGUUUUAUCUAAAGCAGAUGUGUUUUCUGGGGCUAAACAGUUUGAUCUAUCUGUUCUACCAACCGAUGAGUAUAAGGCGUUGUUGAAGAGAGCGACCUCUAGAGAAAACAUAACGUACGAUGAGUUACAGAUACUAGCAUCACAACUGGACUAUAAGCUAGUUCCAAUCUUUUCACAGCAGACUCCAACCUUAGCUCCUCCUAAGAGAAUUUCACAAGAAAUUACGACCUUAAAACAGAGCAAGAUCCGGACCGGUUCAGAAUAUUCAGAACAAAGCUCCGUCUCCACAAGCACCAUGGAAUACUAUGACGCUUACCAGACGGCAUCUACUGUGACAGCUGGCCGUGUUAGGAAUAGUAUUAUUUCUUCUUCGUCUGAAUAUACUGAUGCGCUAGACCUUCCUGAAGAAGAAAUACCGGACAAUCAUUCUUUUGCUUCUACCAUUCGUCGCGAGUCAUCUCCAUCAAUAGAGACUUUGCGUGAACGUGCCAAGUCUUUGGGUUACAUAUUGGUUCGCGCAGAUGCCUCGCUGGUUAGUGAGAAUAGUAGCGACAAGAAUGCUACUGUUCCACAAAUUGUUGAUCCAAAGCUUGGUGAUCUUCCAGAACUCUUCCAGGACGAUGGAUCUGCUGGGAGUGACUCAGGAAGCUUUGUCAGUACCUGGAAUGAAAAAACAGUCUCUGACAGAGCGGGGAAGCUGGGCCUGAUGGUCGUUACAGCGGACCAGUUCAAAGAAUAUGAACAAUUGAAGACUGUCAGCCCCAAGGAUCAACUUGCUCAGCAGGCGAAGGAGCUAGAUAUGGUGCUAAUUGAUGCUGCUGAACUAUACGAAUUAAGAAGCAAAGUUUCCGAUGGACUGUCUGGCGAUUUGAACUCUGACUUUGUCUUGAGCAAGGAGAUCAUUCUUGAGAAUGCUCAUAGUUAUGGUUUAACGGUUCUUCAAACGGAAGAGUAUCUUCAAUUACAGAGUAGUUUGGAGAGAGAACAGGUAACGUCCUACAACAUUGCCGAGAAAGCAACUACAAUUGGCUACGUUGCACUUCCAAGAACCGAGUACGAUGAACUUGUAGCUUCGCAAGCUUCUACGAAAGAACAGAAUUUUGAGGUAUACGCGGCGGAAAAUGGCAAGGUCAUAGUGGAUAAAUCUGAGUAUCACGAUUUGAAGAUCAAAGCUAUCCCAGUGAUUUCACCAUUGCCUCAAAUGAGCAAAGAGCAGAUGGUUGAAAAGGCCAAGGAACUUGGAAUGGUAGCUUUGCUCAUUGACGAGUAUGAGAAGUUAAAGAGCCCUAUUUCCGAUAACGCUUUGAAUGCAACAGCGAAGGACCGUGGAAAGGUUGUUCUCCUAAAGGAAGAGUACAACCGCUUAUUGGAACUCGAAGAAAAGUGUGCCUGUGAUAACAUGACGAAGGCCCAACUUAUUGAAAGAUCACAAUCGCAUGGUAUGAUCGUUUUAGAAUCAACGAAAUAUGACAAAAUGAAGGAACAUAUUGCCAUAAGGACUUCAGGUAUUACAGUCGCAGAUAUUCUAUCGAAGUCCACUGAGUAUGGUUUAGUACCUAUACCAAAAGAACAAUUUGAACAGAUUAAAAUGGAAUUAGAGCAUCCAAAGUUUACUAGAGAGAUGAUUGUUGACCACGCUGGUGACUUCGACUUAAUUGCAGUGGAAUUAAAGGAAUACAAUCGCCUCAAAAAGCAAUCGCAGUUCUCCUUUGGUGACAUUUUCGAUAGCAUUAACACUGACGAGGAAAGUGAAGCAUCUGAUUUUGAAUAUCAUGAUGACGAGAUAAAGCAGCUUAACAAGACAGCCAAACGCUUUGGGUUAUUAUGUAUUCCAGAAGCUGCGUUUAUCGCUACUUCCGUCGCUAGCACGCCUGAUGUCGAUAAUGUCGUCGUGCUACCAAUAAGCUACUAUAAUAAGUUGAUUGCGAAUGAAGCAAAGAGCCUCGAAAAGCUGACUGACUGGGAUCUUCAGUCAGAAGCUAAAAAACGUGGCUAUCAUAUAAAUUUCAGCUUCAAGAAGGAGGACGCCCCACCGCCGCCUUCAACCCUAUGUCCUCCACGGAUGCCGAAGUUUUCCCCAAACCGUUCGACUUUGUCACUAGACUCAAAAACUACUAGAAGGGCGUUUAAUGAGGCUGCUACUGUCGCCGCACAGAGCGAAUUUGAACAGCUGUCGAGAACCGGCUCGAAAUUACAAUCAAGUACCUCAUCCCUAGCACGCAAUCCUACUGCAGGAACGUCCGACACGCCUGGGAACAAUGGUGGCAAUAUGACACCUAAUCUAUUCCCUAGUCGUCGUAACUCUGUGGACAUGGGCAUUUCGUUAGCGACAGUCGCUUCUCUAAGCGAGCCAAGCAUUAUCCCCGCUUUGACCCAAACUGUUAUUGGUGAAUACCUAUACAAGUAUUACCGUCGUUUAGGCCGCUUCUCACAGCAUGAGAGCUCGCGCCACGAACGCUAUUUCUGGGUACAUCCUUACACUUUAACGCUAUAUUGGUCCACCUCGAAUCCUGUACUAGCAAACCCUGGUUCGACUAAAACGAGGGCGGCUGCAAUACUGGCUGUAGAUAGUGUUGAUGACCCCAACCCAUUCCCAGCAGGCCUAUAUCAUAAGAGUAUCGUUGUGAAGACUGAAGCGCGCGACAUCAGAUUUACGUGCCCGACGAGACAGCGACACAACAUUUGGUUCAAUACUCUACGCUACUUACUACAAAGAAAUAUGAAUGGCAUUACGUUGGAUGAUGGUAAUGACUCUGCUGGUCGUAUUACCUGUCUACCUGGCGAGGAUCCGAGGGAUGCGACAAACCGUUUGUCAACAACCAGGCAUGUAAGCGUGUCAUCUAAACACCUAAGAAGGACAGACUCGAUGUUCACUUUAAGAUAA